GUCAAAUUCAGUCGCGGUUGUUUGGCGGAGUCCCAUUCUGAGAGCACCGAACUCGACGCGAUGGGUGCCUUCGGGGACGCAAUAGCUUCGAUCAAGGCAACGAACUUCAGACACAUCGCAUUGCAGGCAAUCAGCCUAGGAAUGAUUGUGACGUCAGCUUUGAUCAUAUGGAAAGGGUUGAUGUGCCUCACGGGGAGUGAAUCUCCUGUCGUCGUUGUGCUCUCAGGCAGCAUGGAGCCUGGUUUUAGAAGGGGGGAUAUACUCUUCCUUCACAUGGGUAAAGCUCCAAUCCGAGCUGGAGAAAUUGUUGUCUUCCACGUCGAAGGGCGGAAUAUACCUAUUGUACAUAGAGUUAUUAAGGUUCAUGAGAACGUUGAAAAGGGAGAUUAUGAGGUUCUUACGAAAGGGGACAACAAUACUGGUGAUGAUCGUCUUCUUUAUGCGGAAAACCAGAUGUGGCUACAACGACAGCAUAUUAUGGGACGAGCAGUUGGAUUUUUACCGUAUAUUGGGUGGGUUACCAUCAUUAUGACAGAGAAGCCCUACAUCAAGUACCUUUUGAUUGGAGUUCUUGGCUUGUUAGUAAUAACUUCAAAAGAUUAGUGUUUCUGUCUUCAGAUACAUAUAUAUAUUUUUUUAGAGAUACGAGAGCUCCACAUUCUUUGAUGUGGUUGUUUCCAUCUUAGUCCUUCUCAAUCUCUGAGGUGACUCUUGUAAACUGCUACCUUAGAAGUAAACAAACUCAUCAACUCAUUGCUCUCUAAAAAUAUGGUGGAGAGCUUUGUUGUAGUAUGUAUGACUUGUUCUCUAAAGCCGAUAGCCUGAAAUCGCUGCAACUGUGGAUCCUAAUAGUUGAAGUUAGAUAUUGCAGUACUACUCCCGUGCCGUGGUAGUUGAGCAUUGUAUCUAAAUUCAGAUUGGUGUUCCCUGUUUA